CAUUGUUUUCGACAUGUUGCAAUAGCCCUAUGAUUCAUUCGCUUGUUCUGCUUGUUCCAAUUUCGCUUGUCCAUUGAUUCAAUCCGACAUAAGGAAAUAGCAGUUCACCUGUGACAUUUAGCGCGGGUGUGUUAUGAUCGGUUGUGUUUUCAUGUGUUUUAUUAUUUAUUGACGAAAUAUUGUUUACAAGUAUGUGCUCGUAAUAUAUUCCCCGAUCUAUCACGGAUCGAAGUGCGUUUACAGCAAGUUCAAUUGCCUCGCGCAACGACAUCGAAGGAUUUUCAGCCGAGGAAUUCCAAAAACAACCCAAAGUGCAGUGAGGAGGGGGGAUCAGAAAGCUGUUGGCGUUUGAAGCGAACGGAAGCAGGACGGAUUAAACAUUUUGUUGAACAUUGGGGAAGCAGCUGGGAGGAAUGCCACGAUUGUACGACGACGACGAUGAAGCGCGGAGGCCGAUCCUGCAGCCAGAUACGGACACCGAGGAGUCACCGACGGGGCGUAUCGUCCGGCAGAGUGACGAUGAUGAGUUGAGUCAGCAAGUGUCGGGAUGCGGAGCGAGUGUCUGUUGCAAUCCUACCUCGGCCGUACAUCGGUUUAUGGCCCUAAUCUUUAUGUGCCUCGUCGGGUUCGGAUCGUACUUCUGCUAUGAUAACCCGGGUGCACUCCAGGACAAGUUCAAGUCCGAUUUGGAUCUAUCGACGACUCAGUUUGUGUGGCUUUACUCGAUUUACUCGUGGCCAAACGUGAUUCUCUGUUUUAUCGGAGGAUUUUUGAUCGAUCGUGUGUUUGGAAUUCGCCUCGGAACGAUCAUUUACAUGUUCAUACUGUUGAUUGGACAGCUAAUUUUCGCCACCGGGGGAUUGAUAAACCAAUUUUGGUUGAUGAUAGUUGGCCGAUUUCUUUUCGGUAUCGGAGCUGAAUCUUUGGCUGUGGCCCAGAACAAUUAUGCCGUACUAUGGUUCAAAGGGAAGGAACUCAACAUGGUGUUCGGACUGCAGCUUUCAUUCGCUCGUGUUGGCAGCACGGUAAAUUUCCUCGUGAUGGUCCCAGUGUACAACUACGUGAGAAGCCUCGGCUACAAGGGGAAUCAGUGCACCGGCGUGGUGCUUCUGCUCGCAACGUUAACAUGUGUGAUGUCGAUGCUAUGCGCAUUGAUCCUAGGCUGGAUGGACAAACGGGCUGCCCGAAUUUUACGAAGAAACGAUAACCCGCCGAAUGGAGAGGUGGCAAAACUAUCCGACAUCAAAACGUUCAAAAUCACCUUCUGGAUGGUGACGGUCAUUUGCGUGGCUUAUUAUGUGGCCAUCUUCCCAUUCAUUGCCCUGGGAAAGGUGUUCUUCAUGCGGAAGUUUGAUUACUCCCCGGAGGAUGCCAACACGGUGAAUUCCAUCGUGUACAUUGUGGCGGGUGUUGCGAGUCCGUUGUUCGGAUUGAUCGUUGACCGCACCGGAAAAAAUGUCCUGUGGGUGUUUUUGUCGAUUGUGGUUACCAUAAUAGCGCACGGUCUGCUCACGUUUACAUUCUACAGUCCGUACAUUGCAAUGGUUACGAUGGGAAUGGCCUACUCGAUGUUGGCGAGUAGUUUGUGGCCCCUUGUGGCUCUCAUUGUGCCCGAGUAUCAGUUAGGAACUGCGUACGGAAUCUGUCAGUCAGUGCAGAAUCUCGGUCUUGCCGUGAUUUCCAUGAUGUCUGGAUUAAUCGUCGAUAAGGGCGGCUAUUUUAUGCUGGAAAUCUUCUUCAUCGGUUGGCUAGUCAUUUCACUUUUGGCAACAAUUGUUAUCUGGUUGUUUGAUGCGAACAAUAACGGAACACUCAACAUGUCUCCAGCCGAACGAGAACUUUACACUAGCAAACUCCUUAUUGAGAAAAACAAACGGACCACGGCAGCUGGUUUGUCGGUGGAUCACGUCGAACCGGUCGCCCCAACGGGUUCUCUCAACAGUGAUGAACAGCAGCAGCAGCAGCAGCAGCAGGAACGGCAACAAUUCCCGCAGCCCACCCAGGAAUCCAUCCGCAAUCGAUACUUGAACCGUGUGCUGGACAAUGUUACCACCGCUAGCGAUUCGGAGCCGUUGAUCGAGUGAAGGGAUUCCCACUCCGACGGUUUGGUGAGACAAAAAAAAAAUAACAAGUAUUAGCGAAUAAUGAAGGCUCGAGACAUUCCUCGGAAAUAUUCAUUGUUUCUUGUAUAUGUGAUUUGCUUGUUCUAGUUUUUGUGUUGGAAAACGAUUUUAGCAUUCUUUUAAAUGGAUUUAAAAACCAUCUCUGAGUGUUGUAUGUGUUAGGAAUAGCGAAAGAUUUGUUAAAUUUAGCACAAAUUGAGGCGAAUGGCGGAAGUGAGGAAUAUUAUCUAUCGGAGAACACAAUCUUGUUAUAGCGUGCAGGAAUUUGUUUUAUUAUUUUUACAGUGAAAUGUGAAUCGAAUUUAGGGCUGCAUUUGGAGAAACAUUUUUAACAUUUGAAAAGAUGAAGCAGAUGUUUCUUGCUUGUUAUUCACAAUAUUGUGUGUAUUUCAUCAUUUUUAAGAUCUAUCAUAUGUUAGCGAUGUGUAUAUUUUAGAUUUGUUCAAAUUAAACAAAAUAGGAAAACUAUAAUCGAUGUAUUUACUCGGGAUCUCAUAUGUUAAAGAGAGCUGGUGAAGAGGCUUCGCUGAGACCGAAAAAGGCGUUUGCUAUCACAGCAAUAUUCCAAUCAAAACCAUAAAUAUGGAAGAUGUUAAUCUCGCGCAUUUGUGUCUUACACUGAAAGACAGUAGCUAUAGACUUUAUGAGAGGGUAUUGACAUUCUAAAAUUGACUAAUCCCACACAAAUAAAGGCAACAAAUAAACACGUCAUAACGUACACAUAUCCGAAGAUAAAUAAUAGCAAAUAUAUAAACAGAUCACUUGUUGUACUGAUUGCCAAAUUUUUAUGAUGAAUGUAUAACAAAUCGCAAACAAAAAGUUACUCAAAACGGAUAAUAAAUAAUAUAUAUGUGAAAUGUGUCACACA